AAGGCAAGCCACAUCACUCAACAUUAUCAGUUAUCUUCACCAUGUUGCUUAGCGGAAAGCUUCAAGGCCGCACUUUGGCCAAGCAGCGGACCGCUUCCGUAGCACAAGCUCCUAAAUCCGUCGUUCGUGGAGCCUAUGGCCGGGGCAAACUCGUUGUGCGCCAAGCAAUUGAGGUCCCACCGUCACGAGCGACGGCUGCAAAUGAGCUCGAAAGCCUCUCGCGGUUGAGUUCCAUCGUUCCCGAUACUCUCGCUUUCGAGACUCUAGUACCGGGAGCGAAGCUGGCCGCGGCUUCAGUCUCAGCGUCGACGCUCCGAUCUGUACUUGUGGGGGAGUCCCUGGGCCACAAGCCUUAUGAGAAUGCCAUCAACGCCGCCCUGGCUGCCGGCGGCGCCACCGCCUCCUCCCCCCUGUCCGCCACCUCCGACCCCCUGGACCGAGCCAUGGUCAACGUGGGGGCCAUGCUGGCUGAGUGCGUCUCUGGGCGAGUGGAGACGGUGGUGGACCCCAGGCUGGCGAAUGAUGAGGCUGCACUUGUGUCCAAGGUACGGCAACUGGCUGCCGCGUACGAGCUGCUCCACGUGCUCCGAAACCGACUGGUGUUCGCGCUGCCGGCUACCUGGGCGGGCACCCAGGCGGCUAGGGCGCUGGAGGCGGAUGGCAUUGCCACCACGAUCUAUAUGGUGUACAGCAUGGCGCAGGGCGUCGCGGCUAUGCAGGCGGGUGCCAGCGUGGUUCGCAUCGCUGUGGGCCGUAUUCACGACUGGUACGACAAGAAUCCCGGCGUCAUCCGGAACCCUCACGGCCCCCGGGAGGACUCGGGCGCGCCCACUUCGUACGACCCGGGAUUGGAGCUGGUCAAGGAGCUGUACUGCUACGGUCGCCGCUUCCACCCCAAGACCAAGAUCAUGGCUACCAGCUUGCGCAACCGGAAGGAUGUCUUGGAGCUCGCGGGCGUUGAUUACUUGGUGUUGCCUGGUCGCGUGAUGAGGCAACUGGAGCAGCUCGCAACAGAUCAGGUGCGUGCGUGA